AUUAAUGUCCUUUUUUUCUUUAAUUGGUACAACGGUCAGAAAAGGUUUUGCAAAUUGCAAGGGCAGAGAUUAAAAAUCAAUUAUUACAUCCUAAUAAGGGCAUGGCAUUAGAUGCACCCUUCCACGAGCCCAACGGUCCGUCAUGGAAUUUCCAUCAACCAAUCAAGUGGCCACGUGGAAGAAACGUUCGUCGAGAGUGCAGCGAGGAUGAUGGACGCCAGGAGUAGAGUGGGAAAUCCAUGCGCGCAGUGCGUACACUAAAACGGUCGAGUUUAGUGCAAAAUGGGAGGGUGGGGGCCACGUGGAGUGACAGCGGUCCGUUGAACAGCUCCGGCCUUUUUGUCGUCGUCGUCACUCGUCACAUUUCUCAUUUCUGAGAGAAGUGGGUCCCGCCGGCACACAUAACUACACUCUUCACACAACUCAGCACUCCACUUCUCUCCCCAUAAAACCCUCCUCUUCACACAACUCAGCACUCCACUCUCUCCCCAUAAAACCCUCCUCAAUUCUCUCCCCACUUUCACCCACUCUCUGACUCACUCACCACUCACUAUACAAUAUACAUAUCAGGGUCCGUCACAAUCCCCAACUCAGCCCAGGAGAUCCUCUCUCUUCCUCUCUCGCAUGCUCUGCUCGUCCUCGAAUUAGAGCAUGGAGCGUUCCACAUUCUCGUGCUUCUUCCUCCUCUUAAUCUUCGCAUUUGCAGCUACAUUUGCAGAUGCGGGGUCUAUUGGGGUGAACUACGGCCGGAUCGCCAACAAUCUGCCAUCGGCGGUGAAGGUGGUGAAGCUGCUCAAGUCUCAGGGUCUGGAACGAGUCAAAGUCUACGACACCGACCCGUCCGUACUCAAGGCAUUAUCCGGAUCCGGCAUCAAAGUGGUGGUGGAUCUACCCAACCAGCUUCUCUACUCCACUGCCAGGCGCCAGUCCUUCGCCAACGCCUGGGUCCAAAAGAACGUCGCCGCCUUCUACCCGUCGACCCAGAUCGAGGCCAUCGCCGUCGGCAACGAAGUGUUCGCGGACCCGAAUAACACGACCGGGUUCCUCAUGCCCGCCAUGCGAAACAUCCACUCUGCACUGGUCAAACAAAACCUUCACUCCACCAUCAAAGUUUCCUCUCCCAUUGCCUUGAGCGCCCUCCAGAACUCAUACCCGUCUUCCGCCGGGUCGUUUCGACCCGAACUGAUUGAACCCGUUUUCAGACCCAUGCUGGACUUCCUCCGCCAAACCGGGUCGUAUCUCAUGGUCAACGCGUAUCCGUUCUUCGCCUACGAAUCCAACUCCGACGUCAUCUCUCUGGACUACGCCCUGUUCCGGGCAAACCCCGGCGUAGUUGAUCCAGGCAACGGGUUCCGGUACUUCAACCUCCUAGAUGCCCAACUCGACGCCGUUUUCGCGGCCAUGUCUGCUCUGAAGUACAACGACGUUAAUUUGGUGGUCACCGAGACGGGCUGGCCUUCGAAAGGCGACUCGAACGAGAUCGGCGCCAGCGUGGAAAACGCCGCCGCGUACAACGGAAACCUGGUACGCAGAGUGAUCAGCGGCGGCGGGACGCCCCGAAGGCCCAAAGCAGAGCUCACCGUUUACCUCUUCGCCCUGUUCAACGAGAACCAGAAGAACGGGCCCACAUCGGAGAGGAACUACGGUCUCUUUUACCCCAGCGAAGAGAAGGUCUACGACAUCCCGUUUACGGCGGAGGGGUUGAAGCAUUACCGGGACAUCCGGUCACCGAGCGGCGGCCGGCAGAGGGGGUCGACGCCGGUGAGCGGCGGCAACGGAGGGCAGGUGUCGACGAGCUCGUCGGGGCAGACGUGGUGCGUGGCGCAGGCGGAGGCGGGAAAGGAACGGCUGCAGGCGGCUCUAGAUUUCGCGUGCGGGGAGGGAGGGGCUGAUUGCGUGGGAAUCCAGCCUGGAGCCCCGUGUUACUAUCCGAACACGCUUGAGGCUCACGCUUCGUACGCCUUCAAUAGCUAUUACCAGAAGAAACAGCGUGCGGGCGGCUCGUGCUACUUUGGCGGGACCGCGAACGUCGUAUCUCAGCCACCCAGUGCGUAUUCUAUCUCUUCUCCCGCUUUAUACUCUAUCUUGCGCCGCUUCUAUAUAUAUAUAUAUAUAUAUAUAUAUAUAUAUUGUUUGGCCCAUGUUAAAAGAGAAUCCAAGGUAAAAUAAAGAAACGAAUGAAAAUGAAUAUGCAAUGUUUGGGAAAGACAAGUCAACAAAACAAAACUUUUGUCCCUUUAGAGGGGGUGAGAGAAAGUGAUACGGGGUGCAGAUGAAUAUUAUCAUCUCGUGGAAUGUGUAAGGUGCAACUGUUCCCAUUUCGUCUUCAUUUUUUUUUAUUGCUAAAGAGGCUGGUUUUUGUUUUGCAGAAUUUGGGAAGUGUGCUUUGCCGACGGGAUAUUGAGCUCUCGACCGACGACGCAAAGAUGGUGACAAGAGACGCGGCGGGGAGGCACUACUGGCUGGUUCUAGAUUUAGCGGGGGAAUUUUUUGUUUUACUUUCUUUCCCAGUGGUCAUAAUGUUGAUUUAGAUAUGGACGAAAAUCAGUUUCGCUAAUUUGUCUAUAAUUAAUGAAGGUCAAAUAUAUUAGUAGUUUCUUCA